AUGUCUGGCCGAGGAAAGCAGGGAGGCAAGGCUCGCGCUAAGGCCAAAUCCCGUUCGUCCCGGGCCGGACUGCAGUUUCCUGUGGGCCGGGUGCACCGUUUGCUCCGCAAAGGCAACUACGCCGAGCGGGUCGGUGCCGGAGCUCCGGUUUACAUGGCGGCCGUGCUGGAGUAUUUAACUGCUGAAAUUUUAGAGCUGGCGGGAAACGCAGCUCGGGACAACAAGAAAACCCGUAUCAUCCCCCGCCAUUUGCAACUAGCAGUACGCAACGAUGAGGAGCUCAACAAACUCCUCGGGGGAGUCACCAUUGCUCAAGGCGGUGUCUUGCCAAACAUCCAGGCUGUUUUGCUGCCUAAGAAAACCGCGGCCAAGUCUGCUCCCGCCCCCAAAAAGGGCUCCAAGAAAGCUGUGACCAAGGCUCAGAAGAAAGAUGGCAAGAAGCGCAAGCGCAGCCGCAAAGAGAGCUACUCCAUCUACGUCUACAAAGUGCUGAAGCAGGUCCACCCUGACACCGGCAUCUCCUCCAAGGCCAUGGGCAUCAUGAACUCCUUUGUUAACGACAUCUUCGAGCGCAUCGCCGGCGAGGCUUCCCGCCUGGCGCACUACAACAAGCGCUCCACCAUCACUUCCCGGGAGAUCCAGACGGCCGUGCGCCUGCUGCUUCCCGGGGAGCUGGCCAAGCACGCCGUGUCGGAGGGCACUAAGGCCGUCACCAAGUACACCAGCUCCAAGUAGCAUUGGGUCUGCAAAAAAGCUCCGAAAUCAU